AUAGAGAUAAUAUAAUAGAGAUGAGACAUUAUUUGUCUCCACUUUACUGACAUACAUUAUGACCCUGCUCUCCCACCAGUUCUCGAGAGAACAAAUUACACUUUACCUGGACAGAAGAAAAUGGGAAUUGUGGGAAAAACUGGAAGUGGAAAAUCAACUCUAAUUCAAGCUCUAUUCCGCUGGUUGAGCCCUCAUAAGGACAUACAAUUGAUAGACUAGAUAUAACUUCAGUCGGAUUGUAUCAUUUAAGAUCCACCAUAAGCAUAAUACCUCUGGACCCAACACUUCCAGGGAACCAUGAGGAAUAAUCUGGAUCCUGUGCAACAUCACAACAAUGAGGAAUUCUGUGAAGUUCUUAGACAUUGCCAUUUGGAUGGGAUAGCAAGACAAGAUCAGAAUAUUUUGAUGUCCAAGGUAAACAAUACAGAAAAGCACAGAUUAGCAGCACUCAUUUUUCUAGAACUGUCCAUUUUGCUUCAUUUAGUUGUUACAAUUCUGAAAAAUGAUGCAGUUUCUGAAGAGGGUGAAAACUGGAGUCCAGGCUUUUGCCUCGCAAGAACACUAUUGCACAAGAAAAAAAUUCUUGUUCUUGAUGAGUCUACUGCAUCGAUCGAUUCAGCAACUGACAGUAUCAUUAAACAUUGCAGAAAGAAACCAAUGAAUGCGCAGUCAUCAAUGUUGCUCAUCGGAUAACCACUGUUAUCAAGAGUGACCUCAUUCUAGUUCUAGAUGAUGGUAAAGAAUAGAACUCAUCAAUCAAUAUUGAUGAGAAUAAAAUUCAUGUUUAAAC